AGUUUCCAAGUGUUACAAUUGCUGCUGGUCAAAGCAGUUCCCCAGAUGCCAGCGAGUAUUUCCUUCGGUGGGGAGUUUUUUUUCCCCCAACUUCCGCCAGUCCUUUCUGCCCAGCAGCUUGAAGGCGUCUGAGAUAUCUGGAAGUACAAAGGAUUGGAGUGGAGAGGAGCGAGGAGAGACACGCCUUGUCUGUUGUCCUGCAGUUUGUUCCUCGUGAUAGCAAUUGUUAGUUUAAAAAGUUCUCAACUCAAGGAUAUCACAGCUGUGUUUGCCUUUCACUCUCUACUUUAAGUAUUUGUCUUCACUCUGGAAGAAAAUGACUGUCAAAGCAACGGGCAACUUUCACCGUUUGGUCUUAGAAGUAACUUUAUUCUGCAUCGUCGCGGUCCGUCAGACGGCAGCAGCACCCACUGGCAUUGUCAGUUUUCCAGGUGAUAACAGCACGAAAACAGACAAGGAGCUGGCCACAAUAUACUUGAACAAGUUCUAUGGCUGUCCAAAGGAGAGGUGUGACCUUGUGGUGCUGUCAGACACACUGAAGAAAAUGCAGAAAUUCUUUGGAUUGCGCCAAACUGGAAAGCUGGAUUCUGACACAGUCAAUAUGAUGAAAAAGCCACGUUGUGGAGUUCCUGAUUUAGCCAAUUACAACUUCUUCCCACAGAAGCCAAAAUGGGAAAACAAUAAAAUAACUUACAGGAUUUUGGGCUACACACACGACCUGGACCAAGAGACGGUCGAUGACGCCUUUGUCCGGGCUUUUCAGGUGUGGAGCAACUUCACUCCGCUGAAAUUUUCCAGGAUCCAAGAUGGCGAUGCCGAUAUCAUGAUCAACUUUGGGCGCUGGGAACAUGGCGAUGGAUACCCAUUCGACGGCAAGGACGGGCUGCUGGCACACGCCUUUGCCCCGGCAAAGGGACUUGGGGGAGAUUCGCACUUUGAUGACGAUGAGUUUUGGACGCUGGGCGACGGGCCAGUUAUUAAAGCAAGAUUUGGGAAUGCUGAAGGCGCUUUUUGCAAAUUUCCUUUCUUGUUCAAUGGGAAGGAAUACGACAGCUGUACAACGGAGGGCCGCAGUGAUGGAUUCCCCUGGUGUUCCACCACUUAUGAUUUUGACACCGAUUCAAAAUACGGAUUCUGCCCCCAUGAAUCACUAUUCACCAUGGGCGGCAACAGUGAUGGGGUGCCCUGCACGUUUCCAUUUGCCUUUGACGGCAAGGAGUUUAACAGCUGUACGACUGAAGGGAGAAGUGAUGGUUAUCGAUGGUGCAGUACGACCAGCAACUAUGAUACAGACAGAAAAUAUGGCUUUUGCCCGGAACAAGCCUCGGCAACUAUCGGGGGGAAUUCAGAUGGUGCACCCUGUGUAUUUCCUUUCGUUUUCCUUCGGAAUACCUUUGACUCUUGCACCACAAAUGGACGUAACGAUGGAAAGAUGUGGUGCGCCACCACCGGGAGUUUUGAUGAUGACAGCAAGUGGGGAUUCUGCCCUGACAAUGGUUACAGUCUCUUCCUUGUCGCUGCUCAUGAGUUUGGCCACGCACUCGGCUUAGAGCAUUCCCAAGAUCCGGGGGCAUUAAUGGCUCCAAUUUACACCUUUACAAGAAACUUCAGGCUGUCGCAAGAUGAUAUUUCCGGCAUUCAGAAACUCUACGGUGCUCCAGCUGGUAAGCCUUUGUCACCAACACAGGGUCCAGUUACGCCAAUGGAUCUUUGUAAGGAGAACUUGGUCUUUGAUGCAAUUAUGUACAUGAGAGGAGAAAUGUUCUUCUUUAAAGAUAGAUUCUUCUGGAGGAGCACAAAUCCUCGGAGCAAACCCAGCGGACCGAAUCUCGUUGUUAUCUACUGGGUUGACCUACCUGAUACAAUUGACGCUGCCUAUGAGGACCCUAUUCAGGAAAAGAAUAUAUUCUUUGCAGGUGAUCAGUACUGGAUUUACACUGCCAGCGAACUGGACAAGGGAUACCCCAAGAAAAUAUCUACGCUCGGUCUUCCAAGUGACCUGCCACGAAUCGAUGCAGCUUUUAACUGGAAGAAAAACAAGAAGACCUAUUUAUUCGCAGGUGACAAAUUCUGGAGAUACAAUGAAGCAAAGAAGAAAAUGGAUGUUGGAUUCCCUAAAUUAAUUGCAGAUGCCUGGAGUGGGAUCCCAAAUAACGUGGGUUCCGCCCUAGAGUCUCUUGGAAACGGAUACAGCUACUUCUUCAAGGAUUGGUACUAUCUCAAAUUGGAAGAUGAAAGCUUGAAGAUUGUCAAAGUAGGGAAUGUGAAAAAUGACUGGCUUGGUUGUUAGGGUAAACUUGUUCCCAAUCAUUGAUGGUAUUUUCUUUCAAACAAUCGAAAGUCUUAGCUGUACAUUAUCGUUAAAAUGGCAGGUACAGUUUUGUCUUACAGAUGCAAAUUCCAUCUUGGAAUUUUAUACCAAGACCAACUACAACAGUAUUAUAUCCAGCUUUGGUAUUGGAACAAUAGUUUUUGCUUCAGUCAUUUCAUUAUUCAUUGAUAUGGUAAAAAAUGGUGUAGGCACAGGUUGCCUCUGGUAUUGAUAUGUGUAGUGUAAUGGAAAAAUAAUGAGAAACUAUUAUUUAAGAAUUUGAAAAUGCUUUCUGUACUUCACUUCACAAUUUUUUAAACACAAGCUAUAUUCGUAUUAACUUUUUUUUCUUUUAAGAUAUAGGAAAUGCUCUAAGCAAAUCCAAAUGAGUUUUUCAUGUCUUGAAAUAUGAAAUAUUUGGCUAUGUAAUAUGUUAAACAUGAAAAUGAUCAAUUAGCAAUCAGAAGACGACUGAGAUUAUUUUUUUUGGGAGUAAAUAUGACAGAUAGAUGAAAACGAUCCAAAAAUCAGGUUAGAACAACAAAAUGCUGGAGUAACUCAGCAGGUCAGGCAGCAUCCCUGGAGAACAUGGAUAAGUGAAGUUUUGUGUAGAGAUCGUCCUGUCUGAAAAAGGGUCCAAUCAUGAAACAUCACCUAUCAAUGUUUUCCAGGUAUGCUGCCUGACCCGCUGUGUUACUCCAGCACUUUGCAUCUUUUCUUGUUAAACCAGCAUCUGCAGUUCCUUGUUUCUACAAAAAUCAGGUUGCAUUUGCUUAAUAAUGCACAACAGUAUCAAUUUAAUUACAUGAACUGAAUAAAAUCAGUUUUUGAAGAGUAUACUUAGCAAAAGCUAUAUGCUCAAAUCUGAUUACAAAUAAAAUCUCGCAAGAAA